GUUUCUUGUUGAACUUGGAGAUAAAUUGAAACAGAAAGUCAGAUUGCUCUGGUCGUAAUGACCUCUUCAACUAGGCUCACAACGCCUCCAGGUUCUCCAGAACGUGGACGCGCUCAGAAUGAGCCGGUCACUCCAGAGAACAACAUUCGGAAUCGUCGGCGCAAUGAAGGUACUCCUAUGCCGGGAGAGAUAUCUCCUUCGUCUUCAACCAUUUCCAGUGGUUCUCGUGCCUUCUCUUCAACUCAGUCUCCCUUCUCACUCUCGACAUUGCACAGUGGAAGCACUUUUAACCUCGAUACGCCCGCUCGAAGGAUCAUGAUUCGUGCAGACCCCACUCUUGUUACCUGCUUUGACCCCGCGGACAAGGAAUUGUAUGAUUUGUGGGCGCCGAAAUAACAGGCUCACUUUUGGUGGCAAUCGUGUCUUGCUUGUGGUGACACCAUGUCAAGUUUUCCUUGCAUGCACGCAUUCGAAUCAAUCUUAUGUGUUGUUGUCCCCGUGAUAUCAUUUUCUGAAGAUUU